AGGAGCUGAAAGUAGUGCUGCCGGUGCCCAGCCAUGAUGCCCUUUGGUGGGAUGGCUGCCCGUCUGCAGAGGGACCGCCUGAGAGCCGAGGGGGUUGGCCAACACAACAACGCCAUCAAGUACCUCAACCAGGACUAUGAGGCCCUCAAACAGGAGUGCAUUGAGAGCGGCACCCUCUUUAGGGACCCCCAGUUCCCAGCUGGCCCCUCUGCCCUUGGAUUCAAGGAGCUGGGGCCACACUCAAGCAAGACACGGGGGGUGGAGUGGAAGCGUCCAUCGGAAUUAGUGGAUGACCCUCAGUUCAUCGUUGGUGGUGCAACCCGGACAGACAUCUGCCAGGGGGCUCUGGGUGACUGCUGGCUGCUGGCUGCCAUCGGCUCCCUCACGCUCAAUGAGGAGCUCCUGCACCGCGUGGUGCCCCACGGGCAGAGCUUCCAGGAAGAUUAUGCCGGCAUCUUCCACUUCCAGAUCUGGCAGUUUGGUGAGUGGGUGGACGUGGUGGUGGAUGACCAGCUGCCCACCAAGGACGGGGAGCUUCUGUUCGUGCACUCGGCAGAGUGCACUGAGUUCUGGAGUGCUCUGCUGGAGAAGGCCUAUGCCAAGCUGAACGGCUGCUACGAGUCGCUCUCGGGGGGCAGCACCACCGAGGGCUUCGAGGACUUCACCGGCGGCGUGGCAGAGAUGUACGACCUUAAGCGGCCGCCGCGCAACAUGGGCCACAUCAUCCGCAAGGCGCUGGAGAGGGGGUCCCUGCUGGGCUGCUCCAUCGACAUCACAAGUGCCUUUGAUAUGGAAGCGGUGACCUUCAAGAAGCUGGUGAAGGGCCACGCCUAUUCUGUCACAGCCUUCAGAGAUGGGAACUACCGGGGGCAGCAGGAACAGCUCAUUCGCAUCAGGAACCCCUGGGGUCAGGUGGAGUGGACCGGAGCCUGGAGCGAUGGCUCCUCUGAGUGGAACAACAUUGACCCUGGCGACAGGGAAGAGCUGCAGCUGAAGAUGGAGGAUGGAGAGUUCUGGAUGUCUUUCCGGGACUUCAUGAGGGAGUUCUCCAGGCUGGAGAUCUGCAACCUGACCCCCGAUGCCCUCACCAAGGACGAGCUCAGCAGGUGGCACACGCAAGUGUUUGAGGGCACGUGGCGCCGGGGGAGCACUGCGGGGGGCUGCAGGAAUCACCCAGCCACGUUCUGGAUCAACCCCCAGUUUAAAAUCAAGCUGCUGGAAGAGGAUGAUGACCCUGGGGACGAUGAGGUGGCCUGCAGCUUCCUGGUGGCUCUGAUGCAGAAACACCGUCGGCGAGAGAGGCGGGUCGGGGGUGACAUGCACACCAUUGGCUUCGCUGUCUACGAGGUUCCUGAGGAGGCGCAGGGCAGCCAGAGCGUACACUUGAAGAAGGACUUCUUCCUGCGAAACCAGUCACGGGCACGGUCUGAGACCUUCAUCAACCUGCGGGAGGUGAGCAACCAGAUCCGGCUGCCCCCCGGCGAGUACAUCGUUGUGCCCUCCACCUUCGAGCCGCACAAGGAGGCCGACUUCAUCCUGCGGGUCUUCACGGAGAAGCAGUCGGACACGGCGGAGCUGGACGAGGAGAUCUCAGCUGAUCUGGCAGAUGAGGCAAUAACUGAGGAUGACAUAGAGGACGGCUUCAAGAACAUGUUCCAGCAGCUGGCAGGGGAGGACAUGGAAAUCAGUGUCUUCGAGCUCCGGACUAUUCUGAACAGAGUCAUCGCUAGGCACAAAGAUCUGAAGACGGAUGGGUUCAGCCUGGACUCCUGCCGCAACAUGGUCAACCUGAUGGAUAAAGAUGGCAGUGCCCGCCUUGGGCUGGUGGAGUUCCAGAUCCUGUGGAACAAGAUCCGGAGCUGGCUGACGAUCUUCCGCCAGCACGACCUGGAUAAGUCAGGCACCAUGAGCUCCUAUGAGAUGCGCAUGGCUCUAGAGUCAGCUGGUUUCAAGCUGAACAACAAGCUGCAUCAGGUGGUGGUGGCCCGCUACGCAGACGCUGACAUGGGUGUGGACUUCGACAACUUUGUCUGCUGCCUUGUGAAGCUGGAGGCCAUGUUCAGGUUCUUCCACAGCAUGGACCCCGAAGGCACUGGCACCGCUGUCAUGAACCUCUCUGAG